CAGGCCGCAGGCGGGUUUGCGAGGGGCUCUGGGGCCGGAGGGGGCUGCUAACGCGUCUGGUGCCGGGCUUGGCCCUGGGCGCCCACCGCAGAGUCUCUCAGGGUAUCUAAGAGAGGGCAAUGGGAGUUCAGGGACUUUGGAAGCUGCUUGAAUGCGCUGGGAGACCGAUAAACCCUGAAGUGCUGGAAGGAAAAAUUCUUGCUGUUGAUAUCAGUAUUUGGUUAAACCAAGCAAUAAAGGGAGCCAGAGAUCGCAGUGGUAAUUCCAUACAAAAUGCUCACCUCCUCACUCUGUUUCGUCGGCUUUGCAAGCUACUGUUUUUCCGGAUUCGACCUGUCUUUGUGUUUGAUGGAGGGGCCCCGCUUCUGAAGAGGCAAACCUUGGCUGAGCGAAGACGAAGAAAGGAAAUUGCCAGCCAUGAUUCCAGGAAAACUGCAGAGAAACUCUUGAAAACGUUUUUGAAGAGACAAGUUAUCAAAAAUGCUCUUAAGGGCAAGAGCCAUGAAGCAUUUCCCAGUAUUACAGAAGUUCGAAGAGAAGAAAUUGAUGAUAUAUAUGCAUUGCCACCUUUACAGGAAGAGGAGAAGAACAGCUCAGAGGAGGAAGAUGAAAAAGAAUGGGAAAUGAGAAUGAACCAAAGAAAGCUGUUGCAUGAAGUGUUAUGUGAAAAUCCUCACUCUGUAGAUAUUGAAUCAGAAGAUUUCAAGAAGCUGCCUCCUGAAGUAAAAUAUGAGAUCUUGACUGAGAUGAAAGAAUUUACAAAACGAAAAAGAACAUUUUUUGAAGCAAUGCCAGAGGAGUCCAAUGCCUUUUCCCAGUACCAGCUUAGAGGUUUGCUUAAGAAAAGCAGCCUCAGUCGGUGCAUAGAAAACGUACAGAAAGAAUUGAGUCAACAGCACACGGGUGAAAUCCAAACACAAUAUGAAAAUGAAGGUGGUUUUGUGAAAGAAGUGGAAUUUAGGAAGGUAGUCUCGGAAGAUACUUCUCACUAUAUCCUAAUAAAGGGUAUUAAAGCAAACGAAGUUACAAGUCAAGACUUGGAAGCAAUUGCAGGGCCCUCAUCAAAAAUGCCUGAACUUACUAAAUCGAAUCAAAUCAAUGAAUCUCCUGCUAAUGCAAAGCUAGUUGAACCUGAGAAAUUGCAGACAGAGAAAGAUAACAGUGUGGCGACAGCACCACCCUCUCCUCGGACUUUGCUUGCCAUCCAGGCAGCUAUGCUAGAAAGCAGCUCAGAAGAAGAACUGAGGAAUGAAGAUACAGGACGACUGAACAUGGACCAAUCUGUCACAGAGGAAGGCAGUGUGUCUCCAAGAACAUUGCGUGCAAUUCAGCGAGCUCUGAGUGAUGAUGAUGGUGCAAGAGAGGAAGUUGUUCCUGUUAGAACUGAUGGAGUGCUACCAGAAAGAUCAGAAGUGAAGGAUUUGCUGCUUAGUAGCUCAGAUGAGGAAGACCAGAUUCCCGAAGUUAAGGAGGGAAAAAUACCGACAUCUGCAGUUAAUUUGUCAAACCAGGUGAUUUUGCAAGAUGCUGAAUUUGAACAAAAGAGUCGGGAGUUGGACAAAAAUCAUAUUACAGCCAAGGACACCAGUAUAUCCAGACUUGAAAAUUAUUCUUGUAUUGACAAUACUAGGAAAGGCAAAGAAGACGUAGACAAAGAAGGAAGUGGUUCCAAAAUAGAAUUAAAUUGUUUGGGAGAUAAGGAUGUAAACUUGUGCACACAAAAGCCAAGCUGUUUUCCUGUACAAUCUAGUAUAGGGGAUUUGAUUCAUGCUGAAACAGCAGACCUUUCUGAAAAUGCAGAAAACUUGAAAAUUUCUGAAAAUGUAGAGGAAGAAGUGUUGCAAACAGAAGAGAAUGUGUCUGAGGUACAAAAGGAUAUUAUAUUCUUCCCAGAAGCAAAAAGCCCUGAGAAGGAAAAAGAAAGGAUAUCACAGUCUGAAGACAGUGAUUCUGAUGGAAGUUUUAUUGAAGUGGAAACUGAAAUAAGUAGCGAGGCUGAGUUUUCUGCUAAAUACGAUGAAAAACUGGGUGAUGAAACAACACUUCCAGAAGCAGAGACAGACAGACAUGAUACUGUCACACAGGACUUGCUGAAGGAAUCUGAAGUGCAGUUGGCAAACGAUCAGAGUGUUGAAAGAGAAGAUGGUGGUAAAGAUGCAGAGGAUGAGUGGCAAGACAUCGGUUUGGAAGAACUAGAAGAAUUAGAAAAUGACCUUUCUGCUGAGCAGAAUAUGCUUCAGGCUCAAAAACAGCAGCAGGAACGUGUCGCUGCUUCUGUAACAGGACAGAUGUUCCUGGAAAGCCAGGAGCUUCUCCGUUUGUUUGGCAUUCCAUAUAUUGAAGCUCCGAUGGAGGCAGAGGCACAGUGUGCUGUAUUAGACCUUACUGAUCAGACCUCUGGGACAAUCACGGAUGAUAGUGAUGUUUGGUUAUUUGGUGCACGACAUGUUUAUAAAAAUUUUUUCAGCCAAGACAAAUAUGUGGAGUAUUAUCAGUAUGUUGAUUUUCAAAACCAGCUAGGGUUGGAUCGAAGCAAGCUAAUUAAUUUGGCAUACUUGCUUGGAAGUGACUACACUGAGGGUAUCCCAAAUGUUGGCUUUGUGACAGCGAUGGAGAUUUUAAAUGAAUUUCCUGGGCGUGGCUUGGAACCUCUCUUGAAAUUUGCUGAGUGGUGGAAUGAGGCUCAGAAGAAUAAGAAAUUGAGACCUAAUCCACGUGACACCAAAGUCAAGAAGAAGUUGCGGGACCUGCAGCUUUCCUCAGGUUUCCCAAAUCCAGCAGUGGCAGAAGCAUACCUGAGUCCUGUGGUAGAUGAGACAAGGGGUUCGUUCAUCUGGGGGAAGCCUGAUGUAGAACAAAUCAGAGAAUUCUGUCAGAAUCGCUUUGGCUGGACUAGGACGAAGACAGAUGAAAUCCUUUUGCCUGUGAUGAAACAGCUGAACUUGCAGCAGACUCAGCUUCGAAUUGAUUCAUUCUUCAGACUAGAACAGCACGAAAAAAUAGCUAUUAAAAGUCAGAGACUGCGCAGAGCUGUGACUUGCCUGAAGAGGAAGGAAAAAGAAGCAGCUGAUGAGAUUCAUGAGAUUGAACUUAAAGAGCAUGAAGAAAGGAAAGGGGAAGAUACUGCAGGCUGUACAGAUCAUCAGGCUAUGGCAACCGAAGUCCAAAACGGAAAGAGAAGAAAACAUUCAGGUUCCAGAAAAGAACAUGUCUGUGGAGGUGGUUUUAUAGGGAAUUUGCGUCUUUCAGAAGCUUCUAGUGACUCCUCAGUAGAGGAAUCAGAAAGCAGAGAUUUAGGCAAGAGCAAAAGGAGGAAAAAGGUCUCUGCAAUGAAGACAGCAGACUGUAAAGAGAAGAAGAGGUGCAGUAGCUCAAGUGGUGAGGAUGAAGAACUGGGAAACGUAGUCAUGGUGACUGCCAAACCUGUGUUUGAGGGCAAAAAAAAGAAAUCACAGAGUAAGAGAAGAACAAAAAAGAAAACAUUUUAAAGAAAAAGUGUCUUGAAAAAGAAAGGCUAUGUGUGGGGUUCAUGACUUAAGCGUUGUAAAUAUUGUGAUGAAUUUUUGAUAAAAUAAUAAAUUAUCUCUAUUUGCCA